AGGAGUAAGGGAGUGUUUUGUUUUGUUUAGUUUAGUUUAGAGAGAAUCUGAAAAUGGAAAGUUUGAGCUCAUCUUCUUCUUCUGCAACGCUACCCUCUUUUUCCAUCUUCUUCCCUUCUUCAACUACAAGAACUUCCCUUUCUUCUUCCAAGCCCACUCACUUUCGUCUACCUUCUUCCAAGCGUGAUGAUGGUCACGAUUUAGACUCCAAAUCGAAAUCAAAGGAUGAGAUCAACAACAUCAACCUUCCAAUUCUUUCUCAUCGACGCCUCUCCCUUUCUCCUCUUUCUAAUGAUGCGGCGAUGGGGCUGGUCUUGAGUGCUGCUACGGGUAGAGGAUGGACAACAGGUUCAGGGAUGGAAGGGCCCUCUGUUCCUGCUGUUGGCAGUGAUGAUCAAUUAGGGACAGGGAACAUCUCCACUUUCCCAUGGUCACUCUUCACAAAAUCCCCGAGGCGAAGGAUGCUUGUGGCUUUUACUUGUACCAUCUGUGGCCAGCGAACUACGCGCGCUAUUAACCCUCAUGCUUACACUGAUGGCACUGUUUUCGUUCAGUGCUGUGGGUGCAAUGCGUAUCAUAAGCUUGUGGAUCACUUGAACUUGUUUCAGGAGACGAAUUGCUAUCUGAAUUCAAGUUUUAAUUAUAAAGGUCCUGGAUGGGAUGAUCUUAAGUUCAGGUACAUGGACAUAGAUAGCGACAAUGAUGAUGAUAUAUUCCCCGACAAUGAUGAUAUAUUCCCUGUUACAUGAAUGAAUUGCCAGAUUAUGGAGCAUAUAUUUUCUGCCUCUGAUCUUAAGGAAUUUUAGUUUAGGUGUUGUGUAUAUUGUUUAUGUUUUCAUGCUUAAUAGUAAAGUUUGUCAGAGGAUUGCUUUGUAUAGUUAUAUAUUAAUAUGUGCAUGUAUAGUUGUACUGUCAUGAAUUUGAUAAUGUACAAUAUAUUACAUAACUAUUUCCUUUGCUUCU